UCCAAACCCACCGCGUCACGUAAAUAACACCGUCUCAGGAAAGCGGAAGUCCAAAGCAGUUGGUCGCUCGCUCGCUCGCUCGCCACCGCCGCGUUGGACUUUUCCCUCGCCGGAGAAACCGCCGCGACCACAGCCGCAACCGCCGCCACCGCUUCCGGAGGAGGAGGAGGAGGACCAGGGAGGGAGGAGGCCAUGGCGGGGAGGUACGACCGCAACCCCUUCGACGAGGACGACGUCAACCCCUUCGCGGGAGGAGGUGUACCCCCUGCUUCUAAUUCUCGGAUGCCACCUCUUCCUCACGAGCCUGCUGGAUUCUAUAAUGACCGUGCUGCUACCGUGGACAUACCUCUUGGUUCAUCGAAGGACUUAAAGCAAAAGGAGAAGGAACUGCAGUCGAAGGAGGCUGACCUUAACAAACGGGAAAGAGAACUUAAAAGAAGGGAAGAAGCUGCAGCUAGAGCUGGUAUUGUCAUUGAAACGAAAAACUGGCCACCAUUUAUGCCCAUCAUUCAUCAUGACAUUUCAAAUGAGAUACCAAUCCACCUACAAAGGAUGCAGUACCUUGCAUUUUGUUCAUUGUUGGGAUUGACGUUAUGCCUCUUUUGGAACAUCAUUGCAACUACCGCAGGAUGGAUUAAAGGGGGAGGUGUUGUCAUCUGGUUGCUAGCAAUUAUCUACUUCAUCUCUGGUGUCCCUGGGGCCUAUGUGUUAUGGUAUCGGCCGCUUUAUAAUGCAAUGAGGACUGAAAGCGCUCUGAAGUUUGGAUGGUUUUUUCUGCUGUACUUGAUCCAUAUAAUAUUCUGCAUCUGGUCAGCUGUGUCUCCCCCAUUUCCUUUCAAAGGAAAAUCUAUCGCUGGGUUUUUGCCGGCAAUUGACGUCAUAGGCAGGAAUGUUAUUGUGGGAAUAUUUUACUUUGUUGGAUUCGGGCUGUUCUGUCUUGAAGCACUGCUCAGCAUUGUGGUCAUCCAGCAAGUAUACAUGUACUUCCGUGGAAGUGGAAAGGCUGCUCAGAUGAGACAAGAGGCAGCACGUGGUGCCAUGAGAUCGGCCUUCUGAUAGAUGAAUGGAUGAGAAUAGGAUGUGCCAAUCGGUGAUGGCGUCUGGUCUUGUACAUCCCUAUACAUAUCUGUGCUGCGCGUGGCUGAGAGAGAAUACUUGUAGCUAUAGAUGUUCGUGCAUUCUUGUAAUAUAUACGAGUGCUUCAUUCCUUUCCUAGGCCCAAUAUCCAUGUGCUUAUAUGCAGCUUAAUCUUUUGGGAAAUACAACUUCAAACAUCACUCAUUUCUCUGACGAGCUUGGUUGCAGUAUCACUAUAUAUGGUUAAUGUAUGUGAAGUGCUAAAACUA